AUGUCCUCCUCAUCCGCAUACAGCCACCCCGAUGACCCGCCGCUACCGAUGCUCACCACCAAGCAAAAGAUCGAGCAAAGAGGAGCCCAGAAACAUGCUGCUAUACUCGCUCUCCCAUCACCACCUGUAUCUGCCGCUCGGAAAUCUGCCAGACUCGCUGCAUUACAUGCACGAUUAGCAUUACCUCAAAAGUUACCUCUCGAGACAUUAGCGCGCUGUCUCGUUGACGCAUCUGCGGAUUCCAACCCAAAGUUCAACAAUGCCUCGUUAGCAACAUUAGGAGGCGACCUGCUAUCAUAUUACACCUCCGAGUUCAUAGUCGCAAAAUACCCACGCCUUCCCUUAGCAGUUGUUUUCGCCGCCAUGUACGCCUACUGUGGACCAAAAGCACUACAAGCCAUAACGCGCGAAUGGGGCGUCGAAUUAGCAGCACAUCCGGGUGGAGAAGUCGAUCCAGGCUACUUACAAUUCGAGCGAAGGCCGGCUGAGCCGAAAGACAUAGAGCUGAAGUUCGGACCUGAAGUACAAACGAACAUCAAAGGCGAGCACCCCGAGGGCUGGCGGCAGGGGAUCAGCAUGCGGGCGGUAUACAGCGACCCAUUUGGGCGCUUAACGGAACAAGAAGGCCAAAAGGCAGAAGACUCAGAAGGAAACCCACUCAAGGGUGUCACAGCAGAGACCGCCUCCACAAACUUCGUCCGAGCAUUGUUGGGCGCCAUCUACCUACACGCCGGCCGCACCACAGCGAAGAAAUUCUUCCGCGACCAUUUCCGGAGUCGGCAGCUGAACAUGUCGAGCUUGUUCCAGUUUCGAUUCCCAGCUAAGGAUCUCAACAAGCUUUGCGCCCGCGAGGGGUUUCAGUCGCCUGUGGCGCGCAUCAUAGCUGAGACGGGGCGGAAAUCGCGGCAUCCCGUGUUUAUAGUGGGCGUGUUUAGUGGGAACGAUAAGCUGGGAGAGGGCGCGGGAUCGAGUUUGUCGGAGGCGAGGAUCAGAGCGGCGGUGGCGGCGCUGAAGGGGUGGUAUUUGUAUAGUCCAUUGGAGGUCAGGGUGCCGAGUGAGAUGGAGGAGGAGGGCAGUGGGGUGUGGGAGGGGAUCAUGGUUGAUGGGGGGAUGUUGUUGCUUGAGCAUCAGUCCGAGCAGAUGUCCAUGAGAUGCAUUGGAUGUUCUGGAUUUGUGUAUAUAUCGUAG